AUGGCGACUUCCUCUCGUCGAGUGCCACUGGCCAGCAUUUCCAAUGCAACCAACUCUCCACACCGUCUACUCACCAACAGCAGCUCGAAGCGGCCCCGAAGCAUAGCCAAUGUGCCCCAGCAGGAGAAUGAGCCUCCUCACAAACGCUUGGCCAUCGAUAGAGCCGGUCGAGAGGUGUUCAACCCGGCUACUCCUCAGAAACAAUCCCAUCCGCCCUUGCCAGAGGGUCGCGUCUUUGAAAGAAGCAAUGCAGAGUCCACCUCGACGGCUUUCCAGAGGAGACUGGUGGCUGCCAGGGACCGAGAGCGUCCUGCAGGUCUACGCGUGACCAAGAACAUCGAUGCCCUUGCCAAAGAAGACUCUGGACUCAAAGCGUGGCAACGACACUAUCGAAAACUGUUUCCUUCCUUCAGGUUCUACUUUGAUGGAUUUUCGGAGGAGGUUAAGGCGCGCUUCCUCCGGCACAUAACAGCUCUCGGGGCGAAAGAAGAAAAGUUCUUUUCGAAAGCCGUCACCCACAUCGUAACCGCUCGCCAUAUUCCGGCAGAGCUGGGGAAGACCACGUCGGGCGGAGAUGACUCCGCGCAACCCUCGCCAACUGAAGAGCAACAGCCUCAGACCAUCAAUCCAUCUUUGCUCGAAAAGAACCCUCGCGGAACUGCCGGCUUCAAUGUGACGCGUAACGCCGUCAACCCGAUGGACAUUCUUGUCCGGGGGAAAGAUAUGGGCAUGAAAAUCUAUUCCAUUGACAAGCUGCAAAGAGUACUCAACUCUGUCCUCGAAGACGCGGGAAAUCAUGGCCAUCAUACCCGAGCAUCAGCACAUACCACCCGACAGCAGCAUGAGGACUUGGGCGAAGUCUUGAGGAAUGAGAAACUCGGCGUCGCAUCGGAAAGGGAACUUCCAUCCAUGUCAUUGGUGGCGUUCAAAGGUCCCUUCAUCUAUGUCCAUGAUAUGGAUGAAAAGUACCGUCCCACCCUGGUCAGGGAAUAUCCGAAGGUGGCGCGGAGGGCCGAUGGUGAAUGGCCUCAAUUCCGAUCUGCCAGUGUUGGGAAAUGUCCCUUUAUCGAGGAUCCUGCCAUGAAGAAAGAUAUCGAGCAGGAACAGAGAAAAGCCCAGAAGCUCGCCCAACAGCAGGAACAACAGCGGCAGCAGGAACGGCGUGAACAACAUGUUCCCCGCACCCGAUCUCAUGUUAAUGUUACCACCGCAGCUCACGAAUCUCCCCGGCGUGCCAGUCCCAGGAAGGUCCUGCAGACGGUUACCAACGGCGCAAACGCGCCCGUUGACCCGCACAAGGAGAAGCAAUCGAAGAAUCACUCGGUUGUUAUAGAGCGUCAGCCAUCAUUCCCUCCCAUGCCGAAGCGAGGCGAAUUCGAAUUUAUCCACCCGUCGCAGCUACACGUGGCUAGAGAACCAGCAGCAUCCGGAAUCCAGAGAUCCAAUCUUACUUCGGCCAUCCAAUCCCAGAUGAUCUCUUCGACGGCGGCCACGGGAGUCAAAGCCGGCACAAGCAAAGAGGUGCAUCACCAAUUGCAGCGUCAGGUUCUGGAGCGCACCCACACUGGAAGCCUUUCCGUUGGCUCUAUCCCGUCAUCUCACCGCAUGAAUGACCUUGCUGGAGUCCUGAAGAAUGCCCGGGGUCCCGCUCCACAAAGGGCGGCCAAAAGCAAAGCACAAGAGAAGUUGGGUGGGAUCCAAGAAGAAGCAGACUCCCAUGCCGAUGACCUUGCGGCUGAACGCGCCACGCAUACGUCGAGGAAGAAGAAGGCUGUCAAGAAGGACCCCAAGCCAGGUUACUGCGAGAAUUGUCGCGAUAAAUACGACGACUUUGACGAGCAUAUUGUGUCCCGCAAGCACCGAAAGUUUGCAACGAACCUAGCGAAUUGGACAGAACUUGAUGCCCUUCUCACAAAGCUUCAGACCGCUUGA